AUGGAUUCGAUACGGAACUUCAAGAAGAAUUUCAAGUUAGGUCGAUUUAAUGAGGAAAACAGGGCCAAGGAAGAAGAGGCUCUUGCUAAGAAAGAAGAGGAAGAGAAGGUGGCCGCCGGAUCCAUUGCUGUUGGGAACCGCUGCAAAGUUGAAGUUGUUGGGCAUCCUCCCAAGAUUGGCACUGUUAUGUUUGUGGGUACAGCAGAUUUCAAACCAGGCUACUGGGUUGGUGUGAAAUAUGAUGAGCCGCUUGGGAAGAAUGAUGGCAGUGUGAAUGGGAAACGUUACUUUGAGUGUGAGCCAAAAUAUGGCACCUUCGUGAAGCCCCUCUCAGUAAUUGUGGGAGACUUCCCUGAAGAGGACUAUGGUUUGGAUGAGAUGUAAGACUCACUUGAUGAGCAGUCUGCAGCAUCAGAAGAAAGAUCUUCUUUCUUCCAGAAGUUUGGCUCCAUGCAGUGAGACAUUGCUGCGGUAGAAGGUUUUUAGUUGUCAGUGCAGAUCAUUUUGUUUUAUGCUGGUCUGGAAGAGAUUUCCUGCAGUCAAAGUUAAGGAAUGAUCUUAAACAACAUCUGUGCCCUGGCGACUAGAAGUAACUAGUACGGUAAAUGUGAGAACACCAGCCGAGGUCAGAGUAAAGAAAAGCAUUCGCUUGCAUGUUGAUUGUUCAUUAAUGAAUUCCAAAGUUCUGCAGCUAAUUUAAGCCCAGACCGAAAAAUUUUACUUUAAACAAAACCAACCAACCACAACAGAAAAUGUAUUUCACGUUUUUGCAAUACUGUACACACUGUAUUGUAUAAAUGUAUUAUUUGUACUAAUGAAUUCCUCCUUUUCUGCAGCCUAUUACAUUCUUAUGCAUCAAUGUGAUGUGUUUAGGGUCUCAGUCCCUCAUUCCCUUUGGCACUUUAGCGAUUAGCUCACUAAUGAGACGUGUAAUGUAGAAUCCCGUGGCCUCCGUUUUUCCAUGGUUCUGUAUUUUCAGUGUAAAUUACAUGAAUGUGAUGAAGUCUUGCUUUUUUUCUGAAAAUUGGCUGUGACACUGAUGUAGCCUAGUACAGCCCUAAAACCUUGAUCGCUCACAAGUAAUAAUAAACAUUUGGUUUUGGUGCACAGCAACUGAUAUGAUUCAUAUGAAUGCCAUGAUUAUAUUAUAGUAGCUUUAACAGAACAAUGCAGUGUAAAAGUAGAAAUGUUGGACACUUGACUAGGGCCAGGCACAAACACUGAUGUUGGAGAUAGACAUGCAUCUCUUUCUCCCUUUAGUCCAUGCUUACAUUAAAAGGCCAUAAAUUUGAAAAGACAGUGAUGUAUUUUUGUUUUUGAAAUUUUGUGAUGCUUUAAAAAACUUAAAGCCUCAGUCACCAUUUGCAAAGAAAGUACAAUUGAAUUUAUAAUUUAUCAAAUACAUGUGGCCAUGGGAUGUCUGGCUCAAUUGAACGUGCCUGAGGGGAUUUAGGAAAUGUAUUGCGAUAUUUCCCUCCAGACUGUAGUGAUGAUUUGCAAAAAUAAAAAGAGUUUCAAA